AUGCGCCAGCCUGGCUUCGUUCGCCGUGAUACUGGUCAAGGAGCAAGAAGAUGGAUAAAACAGAUUUUGAAUCAAGACAUGUCUUUCCAACAUAUAAAAGUAAUUUACCCAACAGCUCCUGCCAGGCCAUAUACACCUAAGAAAGGAGCCUUUUCUACUGUGUGGUUUGACAGGUAUAAGAUCUCUAAUGACUGUCCAGAACACAUUGAAAGUAUUGAUUCUAUGUGCUGGAGACUUACAGACUUGAUCAACGAUGAAAUUAAAAAUGGUAUUGCAAAGAACAGGAUACUAAUAGGAGGCUUUUCGAUGGGAGGUGGAAUGGCAAUGCAUUUAGCAUACAGGUUUCAUCAAGACCUGCCAGGAGUCUUUGCUUUGUCUAGUUUUCUCAAUAAAGACUCUGCUGUUUACCAGGCUUUGAAAAGAAAUGCAAGUGUUCUUCCAGAAUUAUUUCAGUGUCAUGGAACUGAUGAUGAACUAGUUCUCUACUCAUGGGGUGAAGAGACCAACAAGAUGUUAAAGUCACUGGGAGUAUCAACAGCAUUUCAUACUUUUCCAGACCUUAAUCAUGAGUUAAGCAUAACUGAAAUAGAAAAACUAAAAACCUGGAUUGUAACAAAAUUACCUGUUGAAGCAGCAAAGACAAAUGAAUAAAAGAAGAUGCAACUUUCAUAUAC